AGGGCGAUAAUAAUGCAACUUCCGUGGCGCAAGUUAUAUUUUCACUGCACGAACAAAGAUUUUUAAUAACGGUUUGUUGGAAAUGUUUAACUCCUUUACCAACAAAUUCAAAUCUUUGAUCUUUUCCCCUCAAGCUGGAAACUCAAGAAAAAGAAAAAGACCACGAGACGAGAGUGAUGACACAGACUGCGAAAUAAUUGAAGUAAAACGACCAAAGAAUUCACAGCAAAACCCCCAACUUGGUUACAACUUUUUUGCUGAGAUGGCUAACUGGGUUAAAAGUAAAUCAAGCUGGAGUAGCAUGUUUGAUUUUAAAACAAAAGAACCCGGCAAAAGAAAUGGUGACUUACAUCAGAACUUCACAAAUGAUGGAGAUCAUGAUGUGUCAGGAAAACAUAAUGGUAACAGGAUAGCAGUUGCCAAGAGGUCAAAUCAAGGUCAGACAAACUAUGGCAAAAGUCAGAUAUAUGUCAAGGAUAAAAGAAGUGACCAUGCUUUAUCUGAAAUUCCAAGUUAUAACGGUAAUAGUCAGGAAAUAGAGAGAAAUUCCAUUAGUGAUGGUAAUAUAGUAAAUGGUGAUGGACGAGAAACUCCUACUGAUGAUAUCAUUCAAGGACAGGGCCCAGGUUAUCAACAACAGAUUGGUAGAAAGAGUUAUGCAUCAGUAGUAAAAGGUUCUAUGGAGCCAAGCAGAAAUGGUCAAGACAGUAUGCAACAGAGCAAUCAUAGACCAGGGAGUGACAGAAGAAAGCAGAGAUCAUUGUUUGAGAAGAAAAAGCCUGAAGUACUCUUCACAGCAACAGAGACUGUUCGACUAGAUGAAAAAGAAAGAUACAAGAUGUUGCUUCAACAGUAUACCAGUGUUCCACUUAAAUCAUCACAAACAGAAGAAAAUGAAGUUAACCAACAAGACUGGCCUUCUGUGAAUAAAUCAAAAUCACACAGGUCAGAAGAAAGUUUGCUGGGAAACAGAACAAAUCAUUAUGUUACAAAAAUAGACAUUUCAAAAGAUAUUCCUCGUCAUAAAAUGAAAGCAAAACACAUCCAACAUCCUCCUGGAUCAUCUAUGCUAGAAAGACAUAUCUCCCCGAUAGAAAUGAUUCGAAAGACCUCGUUAAGUGGAAGCACUGUUCAAACACCUACCUCAUUACCACAGAAACCACUGUUAGAAUCAACAAGACUACCAGACACAUCCAUGUUAGAACUAUUUACAACUGAAGAAUCUCAUAGAGGCAGAAAAACUCCACCUGAAAGAGAGUCAAUGAUAGAAAGAAGCCAAAGAAUUUCAACAGACCUCAAAGAUUACAGAAGUUCAGAGUAUUUAUCAGACAGCUGGGUCUCAGGAAUUAUGUCAAAAUAUUCAUCAUCAGCCAGAGAUAGAACAAGGAAAAUAGCUGAAGCAGAGCUGAAAGCAAAAUUAUAUGAGGAAAGGAGAAAAGGCAAAGAUGAUGAUCUUGAGAAAAGGUUACGCAUACAGAUGAGGUUGUACGAGAAAGUACCAGCAGUAACAGAAGAUUUACCUGUAGAGUUGUCAGAUGAGGAGGAAGAAGAAAAAGAAGAAGUGCUACCUGAAAUAACUCCUGAAAUGGAUGAUGUUAUUAACAAAGCUUUAAGAGGUCAACCUGCACAUGAAGUACUAGUAGAGGGGUACAGACUACAAAUAACAAGGGGUGAUAUAGCAACAUUAGCUGGCCUUAAUUGGUUAAAUGAUGAGGUGAUAAAUUUUUAUAUGAACAUGUUAAUGGAGAGAGGAGAAAAAGACAAUUAUCCAAAAUGUUAUGCCUUCAAUACAUUUUUUUAUCCCAAAAUAAUGUCUGGUGGACAUUCCACAGUGCGGAGAUGGACAAAGAAAGUCGAUAUAUUCAGUUAUGACUACUUAAUAGUUCCUGUACAUUUAGGAAUGCAUUGGUGUCUAUGUAUUGUGGACUUCAAAAAGAAAUGUAUAAAAUAUUACGACUCAAUGGGAGGACAAAAUGUUAAAUGUUUAAAUGCUGUUAAGCAAUAUUUAUGUGAUGAAUGUAAAGACAAGAAAAAUCAACAGUUUGACCAGUCAGGGUGGUCAACAGAAAUAGCUGAGGAUAUCCCACAACAAAUGAAUGGUAGUGAUUGUGGAAUGUUUGCUUGUAAAUUUGCAGAUUAUAUUACAAGAGGGGCUCAUAUCACAUUUGAACAGAAACACAUGUCCUAUUUCAGACGAAGAAUGGUCUAUGAAAUUGUGAAGAAAAAUUUACUUCAAUGAUUGAUGACAGCUCAAUUUUUCAAAAUAAUUUAUGUGAUUCAAAGACCAUAUCGAUAUGAGAUCUCACAAGUUUGGGGCUUGUAUCGUCCAGAAUCCCAAUUUGAGUGGAAAAUUGCUUGGAUUAUUGUGAUUAAGUACUGGUACAUUUGUUGUGACUAACAAUGGAAUCUAUGGUUAAGUCGGAAGAUAACAAGUUGGGUCAGUGUUCAAGAAAGAUGACAGACCACUUUCAUCUUAUUUUGUUUACAGUUAAAAUCUGGUGACAAAUAGGUGUGUCUAAAAAAAAAUCACAUUUCUUAAUAAUCAUGGGAAUAUCACACAUUUAAACAUACUGAGGUCCUACAUUUGAAGGAUGCUUUGACAGUUAAAAUGAAUCAUUUUCAAGUGUGAGAAUAGAAUUCUUGGCUUCUGGGGUUUUUGUCUGUUACCUUGUAUGGUUGAUUUCUAAUAGUUCUCUUCUAAAUAAAAGAUGGUCGAAAAAUGCAUGGCUGGCUAAACUUUUUUGUAGAAACUAUUAUAAGUGCUUAAUAUCUCUAUAUUUUCUGGAUUUAUUUUUGAAAUGGAAGCCAAUUGUUAAGUUUGCUUAAUGAAAGUCCAAGUAUUACUUCAGGAAUUUAUUGUUAAAGUCAACAUAAUUACACAUUGAUGUAAACUAAUUAUGGCAAGUACUUAUCUUCAUUUAAUGACUGAAAAUCUUUGUAAUUGUUAUUGUACAUAAGAGUCUUAUUAUUGAUAUGUACAAUGUAUAUGCCAGUUCCUAUUUGUUGAUGAUUGUUAAGAUUAUAUGAAAAUAACAAUUAUAAUUUGAAGUACUUGUAUGUAUAAAAGUCUUUGUGAAUCAUUUACAAAGUACAAAUAUCUCAGCAUUAACUGAUUUUGUUUUUGAAAGAGGAUCGGUAAUUUAUAGGAUUUAAUUCUAACUAUCUGCUUCUGAUGAAGACAGUUCAAAUUCUAAAGAUAAAUUUAUCAUAAAAAGUUCAAUGUGCCAUGAUUUGUGUUAGAUGAAAAAAAUAUCUGAAGCAGAUAAUUUUGCAGAUAAUAAAUAGGGUUACUGAUGCAAUACAAUGUCCCAGGAAUUGUUUUUACAAGUGCUAAAAAUUUACUAGUCAUCAAUAAAUGAUUUUGUUUGUAUUUUUUCAGUUCAAGUUGAUUUUUUGUGAAUUGAUCAAUAAUAUAGAAAAGUUAUGUCUAUAGAAAGCUGUAUAAUAGGCACAGUAUAAAGAAUAGUGCUUAAACAAACCACACUACUUUAAUUCUUUGUUUAGAUUUAUUGCAAGGCCAAAUGAGAGAUUAAGCUUUUUUCAUUUCCUUUUUUCCUGAAAGUCUUUCAAAUAAUAGUGCAUGAAAUGUGAUUUAUAUUUAUGUAAUACUUAUGAUGAAACCCUGUUUCUCAUUAAAAUUAAGACAAUGCUGCUAAAAUUUCUGUAUGACACUAAAAAGGAUGUCAUGCUCCCAUUUAAGAUAGUGAGAUAAAGCCCAUAAAUAAACAAAUUGAAGCUGUCUGUUAUCCAUUUUUUUUUAAUGCAAAAUCAUUUAACUGAAAAGUAGAUAAGUGUCACUUAGUUAUUAAUGUACAUACCCCUCUCUGUAAAAUUGUACAAAACUUUGUAAAUAUGUAUAUAAUGUAUGCAUCCAUUAUCCUCAUUAUAACUGCUGUAGGUUGUAAAUUAUGUGAUAAUUAUAAUAAAAGGUAUGAAACAAAGUGUCUUAAUCCAUCAAUUAUUAGGGUGGGAGUGGGGAAAGACUGUCCAUCAGUCCUGUAUUAGGCUAAAGUUGUUUUGAAUGUAAUUUACCUUGAAGUUGUAGUCACAUCAACUUACUUGGUACAUUGUGAUGUGAACUUGUAACAAUUUAUGGGUUUGUUUCGGAUCUGGCACUUGAAAAAUGUCAUAGUGCAUGUGGAGCAUGUUUUCCAUAAAAAAAUAAAUGUUUCAUUCCCCAUAUAUAAUUUCUGUCAUAUUUUUGUUUCUCAUUAGUUUCAUUUGUAAAUAUCAUUAACUGUAAGGGUGAUACCCUUUGACACAUUUUUCAUUUACAAUCUGAAGUUUCUCAUGUUUCAAAAAAAUGCAUGAUAUUAUAGUUCAAUAGCAAGUUUUUUUUCCGAGUCUUUGAGGCCUGUUAUUGUGUAAUGUCAGCAAAUUGUGCAGGUAGUUUCUUAAUUUCCUAUGCAGCUUAGGGUAUGAGUGUUUCUUGACAUUUCUGAAGAAAACCUGAGAGAAUUAUUUUUAGUCCAUCUGAUCUUAAGUGUUUCUGUAGACUCUUCAUGUCAAGCUGAAAUGUCUCAAUAGCUUUUACAUUUUCUCAACUAUAAGGGCCAUACUAAAUUAGGGUUAACAUCCAAUACUUGAGCUUUUGUUAUGACUAAUAUUUUUUUUGUUAAUUCCUGCUUGAUUUUGUCAGUUGACCAAACUUUACAGGUGUCAAUUGUACGUUUAGUUUCUUAAACAAUUUGGACAUUUUCCCAUAUUUUUUUUUUACUAUGGCACAAUAAAUACUGUGGCCACAGUCACCUUUGAUACCGGUAUUUGAAGUUUACAUAAUAUGUAAUAAUUAGAUAUCAACUAUACAUUGAUAUUAUUAUAAGUGAGCCUUUUAUGAUUUUAUCAAUAGCUAAAUGAAAUAAUGAAAACAGAUAUAAAAUUAUAUCCAUUUUUCACGAAGUGUAUGUUUUUCUCUAAAGGUAAAUAUUUUCUAAAGCAUAUGUGGUAUCCCUUGUUGAUAUCUUGCUCUUUUUUGAAUGAGAAACAAGAAAUAUCUAAUAUGGAAAAUAUUUAUUAAGCCAUAACUGAGGAAAUCACUUAUGUUAACUAACUUAUCCAGAUGUUUAGGAAUAACUAUGGUUUGAAAUUGGUCAUCUGACUAUUGCAGGUUUGUCAUUUUUAGAUUAUCAAUUGUUUUAAUUGUGUUAGCCACCAAAAUUUACAAAUGUAUUUUGUCUUGUUAACUUAUCAUUUUGUAUUAAACCUCAUACUGUUAUCUUUUGUAAGACGAAACUUUGAAUUGUAAUACAUGUAUAAAUAGAUAU